UUUUUCGUUUGUAACAAAAUCGUUGAGGUAAACUUGUUAACGUAUGAAAAUGUCUAGACUGCUUACGGGAAAGUAUUUAACAUACUUUUCAACUAAUAACGUCAUUAGUCUAUUUUCGCAACACAAUUCCAUACGUUUAUUAUCCAAAACAUGCUCGUCGAAAAGUUCUGAUGGCACUCCACCGAAAGCAUUCCCGAAGAUCUACACCAAAACUGGUGAUAGUGGUAUGACAUCAACAUUCACAGGGGAAAGACGUGCUAAGGAUGACAACAUAUUUCAGGCAUUAGGAGCAGUAGAUGAGCUUGCAUCCUUGCUAGGUUUAUCCAGGGAGUUUGGUUUAGAUAACUCUCAUCCCUACACUGAUCAUUUACAAAGAAUUCAGUGUAUCUUGCAAGAUGUGAAUGCAUGUGUUGCAACACCAUUUUCUUCAGCUCGAGAAGGACACCUUCUCAAAACAGAGUUUGAUGCCAGGCAUGUUGGAGAAGUAGAAGAGUGGAUUGAUUCUUAUACUGCCCACCUUCCUCCUUUAGAAAACUUUAUAUUGCCAGGAGGAGGGAAAGCUAGUUCAUCCCUUCAUGUUGCUCGAACGGUUUGCCGAAGAGCCGAAAGAGCUGUUGUACCUCUAGUUCGGGAACAAGAAAUAAACGCAGAAACACUGAAGUACCUGAACCGCUUAUCUGAUCUGCUAUUUACCUUAGCAAGAUUUGCCGCAAAAGUCGACAAAAGGCAGGAAACAGUUUAUCUUCGACCUGGCAAAAAAUGAAGUGUAGGAUGCCAUAAGUUCAUAACGUCGUCGUGAAAUACACUCGCACGUUGUA